AUGAAGCUCGCCGCGUCUUUCGUCGCUCUCCUUCCGCUGGUUGUGGUCGCAACGCCAAUUACUUCUCCCGACCCUGCCGCAGAGGCCGUCGCAGAUCUCCUCCCUCGAGCUACGGUGUGCUACCUCAAUUCCGACGCCCUCAAGAACGAUCCUCAGGGUUGCGACACCAGCCCUACCAGCGGUGUCCGCCGCCGAGGUGUAACGGGUGGCGACCGCUUCAGCGCAAACGGAGAUCCGAUUGUGAUUGUACAUGGCUUGUUUGGGAGCAAGAGGAACAACCAGGGUGUUGGAAAUGCACUCGCACGCGUCCUCAAGCGUCCCGUAUACGCCAUCGACACGCGAAACCACGGCGAAUCCCCCCACGAUAAAGUCCACAACUACACCGCCCUCGCCGAAGACGUAGAGGCCUUUCUCCAGAAGCACGAGCUGAAGAAUGCGACACUCAUAGGCCACUCGAUGGGCGCGAAGACAGUCAUGACCAUGGCGCUGAGGAACCCAGACUGCUGCGCAAACAUCAUACCAGUGGACAAUGCACCAGUGGAUGCGGCGCUAUCAAGCGACUUCCCAAAGUACGCAGAAGGCAUGCAGCACGUCGAGAGGUCACAGCCCAAGAGCCAAAAGGAGGCAGACAAGCUGAUGGAGCCUUACGCAAAGGACCUACCAGUUCGCCAAUUUCUAUUGACGAACCUGAUGAGGGGUGAGCCAGGCGCGCCGCUCAAAUUUCGCAUACCUGUGAGCAUCCUCACUAAGGCACUCGACAACAUGGCCGACUUCCCCUUCACCAACCCCGAGGAGGCCUCCUUCAGCAAGAGAGCUCUCUUCAUCCGAGGCACCAAGAGCCACUACGUGAGCGACGAGACACUACCGAUCAUUGGUCGGUUCUUCCCUAGGUUCGAAUUAGUCGACAUAGACUGUGGCCAUUGGGUCAUUAGUGAGAAGCCCGAGGAGUUUAUCAAAGCGGUGGUGGAUUUCUUACAGGAGAAGGAGUAG